AUGUCCAUUAUUGAUAAUACGUGUGAUUUUGAAUUAUCGUUGGUAGAUCUGCAAGCAAUUGACGAACUAGAAAAACAACUGACUCAAAGAGAUUCCCCGCUGUUAGAAAUUCCAUGUUGUAGUGAAAAUUGUGACGAUACAGAAGUAAUUUUUCAUAGUCGAGGAAACAGGAAGAGACGGUAUGUGAUAGAAAGUGGUGACGAAGAAGAAAACCCAGAACAGCAGGUUAGCACAAGGCUUGAGACCGAUUUAUGGUAUGAACCAGCGGGUAAGCAAAGAAGAAUUAUACCUUUCACAGAGUGCCCUGAUUUGAAACCUUAUAGUUUGAGAAAUACGAUGGCAAAAUCCAAACCAGAGGAUUUCUAUUGUUUGUUAGUUCCGGAUAGUGUGUUUCAUGAUAUAGCUAUGGAAACCAACCGAUUUGCUGCUCAGACAAUUACUAAACAUAGUUCAAAAAAUCAACUAAAACGAGGAUCGCGACUGCUUAGUUGGACUGAUACAAACCAAGACGAGAUCAAAAGGUUUUUUGGUUUGAUUUUAUAUAUGGGCUUAGUUAGAUUGCCUAAGCUAGCAGAUUAUUGGUCAACAGACCCCCUGAUUUGCCAAUCUUUCCCGCGUUCGGUUAUGUCUCGUAACAAUUUUGAAAUUUUGUUACGAAUGGUACAUUUUUCUAACAACGAUAACCAAAGAUACGGCGACCGUCUGUUCAAAAUACGUGAAUUGGUAAAUACUUUGAAUCUCAACUUUGAAACAUAUUACUAUCCUCAUGAAAAUCUCUGUAUUGAUGAGUCUCUGGUACCAUUUCGGGGUCGCAUUAUAUUCCGACAAUAUAUCAAAUUGAAGAGGCACAAAUAUGGAAUUAAAGUUUUUAAAUUAUGUACUAAUCCAGGAUACACUAUAAAAUAUCAAAUAUAUGCGGGAAAGAGAGGUGAGACUGAAACUACAACCCCAACCAAUGUUGUGAUGUCACUUAUGGAAGGAUAUCUUCAAAAAGGUCAUACAUUAUAUACCGAUAACUGGUAUACCAGUACUGAUCUUGGACGCAAAUUGUUGGACAAAGAAACGCAUCUUGUGGGCACUUUACGUAAAAAUAGAAAAUAUUUGCCUAAAGAUGUUAUAAACGGAAAUAUAAAAAAAGGAGAGUUUAGAGCUAAAGAAAAUGAAGAUGGCAUUACUUGUAUGAAAUGGAAGGAUAAAAGGGAUGUUUAUUUACUGUCUACGAAACAUUCUAUUGGAUUUACAAGGACUUACAAAAGAGACAAAGAAAUGAUAAAACCAAAAAUUGUAGUCGAUUAUAACAAAGCAAAAUCUUCUGUAGACCUAUCUGAUCAGAUGAUCGCAUACUCAUCACCACUGAGAAAAACUGUAAAAUGGUACAGAAAACUUGCUGUUGAACUGUUGUUGAACACUGCAUUACUCAAUUCUUACAUAAUUUAUAAAGAAACCACAAAGUCAAAAAUAGGGAUAGUAGAAUAUAGGAAAAAAUUGUGCAAAAAUCUAACAGGAUCGGGUAAAGAAAACAGUAAUCCUGACAUGCCAUUGACAAGAAAUAGGAGGCAAAAGCAUGAGCUAAAAAAGAAAGAAGGACCUGUUAAAAAAACUAGAAAGUACUGUUCGCGGUGUUAUAAAGUAAAUGUUCAAACAAUAGACAGAAAUUAUGCUAGAAAGAAGACUAAGCAAGUGAAUACUUAUUGCCCACAAUGCCCUAAUGAACCACAUUUUUGCCUAUCUUGUUUCAACGAGGAACAUAAAACAAUGUAA